AUGGAAACUCUUGCAGAAAUACGGUUCGGUCAUGCUAUUAAAGCUUGCCGGCCGCCCUCUCCCAAUGCAAAGAGACAUACCUACAAUUUCUCAAACAUGGCUUACAGUGAUCACUGGCGAGAGAUGUGCAAAAUCUUUGUAACUGGGCUUCUCAAUCCAAGUAGAGUGCAAUCGUUUGGGCAAGCAAGUGAGGUUGAGAUUAAUAAUAUGAUAAACUCUCUACUACUAGCCUCACCUAAUCCUGUUGAUCUUGACGAGCAAAUCUAUAGUUUUACGGAUGGGUUUCUUGGCACAUCUGCCCUGUGUAAAAGCUAUAGAGGAAAGCAAUUUAAGGGUCAAAACUUGAAAGAUGUUGUUGAGGACGCCAUUAGAAUGCUAGAUGGUUUCUCGGCUGAGGACUUUUUCCCAUGGAUUGGGAACAUGGCACACAUUUUAACUGGGUAA